AAAAAAAAAGAUUAAAUCCAAGAAAAUCGCCCUGGAAUCCUGGAUGAGUUGAACUAGUCCCCUCCGGAGUUUCUAAGAACUACUGAAUAUAAUGCAGAUUGGCAACAGGGUUUAUUUAGGGUUUCUUCACCGGCGAAGAAGAAGAGGAAAACAGUUUGGGGCUUUUUAAAGUGCUGAUCAACUUUCGGGGCUAAUGGAACACGGAUCAACCAAAGAUCAAUCAAGCUCAACAUUUUCAUUCAAGGAUGAGGAUCAUUCUCUAGCCAAUGCUCUUAGAUUCACUCUUAAUCAAGACCCAAGAGUGAUUACUUGUGGGUACAGCAUCCCUCAUCCCUCCGAGGUUCGGGUGAACAUUAGAGUUCAGACUACUGGGGAUCCUGCAAAGGAAGUGCUGAAAGAUUCAUGCCAAGACUUGAUGCUUACCUGCCAGCAUGUAAGAAGCACCUUUGAUCAAGCUGUUGAAGCUUUCAGGAACAAAAAUGGCAGAGCAGAAAUGCAGAAUUCCAAGAAUUUAGAUUCUUAGGUUACUGUUAUGAACA